AUGCCACCAAUACGCACUCCCUUAGCUGAACGCAAUAGCAAUGGGCACCGGGGCCCUGAACUCUCUGAAUUCGAAAGAGGCCGUAUAAUUGGCAUGCACGAUGCUGGCAAAAAAGACAUCGAGAUACACCGGUUCUACCAUCACCCAUAUUCAACCGUACGAUCCACGAUUCAAUCGGCCCCCUUACGUGAAGACGGGCACUCUUUACCUCGAUCUGGACAGCCUAAAUCGUGGACUCCUGCCCAGGAACGCCGUGUACUGCGUCACGUACGUCGUUUUCCAAAAGAUACAUAUGCGGAGGUUAUAAAGGCGUGUGAGGUGGGGUUUAAGAAGAGCACGGUGAAGAAGAUACUCAAGCUCCAUGGUAUCAAGAAUUGGAAGUGCAAACGAAGGCCUUAUUUAAUGGCAAAGAAUGCCGCGAAG